AUGGCUAAUGGAAGCUUAGAUAAGUGGCUGAAAUGUGACUCUUCACGCCAUUUGAACUUCGGCCAGACGUUGGACGUUGCUAUAGAUGUGGGGAAUGCGUUGGAUCACCUUCAUCACCAAUGUGAAUCAAUGAUCAUUCAUCGUGAUUUAAAACCGGCUAAUGUCCUGCUCAAUAAUGACAUGGUUGCACAUGUUAGUGAUUUCGGACUAGCAAUGAUCCUUUCCGAUACCACGAGCAAAUUGGGUUUUGUGCAAGCAACUUCCUCACUCAUCAAGGGAACGAUUGGUUAUAUCGCCCCAGAAUAUGGCAUGGGCGGUCCAACAUCACCCGAAGGCGAUAUUUACAGUUAUGGAAUUCUUCUUUUGGAGAUUAUUACCGGAAAGAUGCCAACGGAUGAAUUAUUUAACAAUGGCUCAAGUCUCCAAAAUUUCUGUAAGAUGGGAUUAAUGUCAUUACAACAGUUGAAGGAAAUUGUAGAUAUUCGAUUGCUCAAACAAAUUAAUGAUCCCAACAAGAGUCAGAACAUGGAGGUUGAUGGCGAUGACAUUAUAUGGAAAUGUUUCGUUGCUUUCAUUAACGUUGGUGUUGCAUGCUCGGUUGAAGUUCCGUUUGAGCGAAUGAAGAUUGAAGAUGCCAUUAAAGAACUGCAAGCAAUUAAGAGACUGUAUCAAUAUCACCAUAUAGAUCCGGCCAGAGGACGGGCCGACCACCGCCGUGCCGGCCGCCGGUCACCGGCGACGGCGCCGCCGUCCACGGUGGCCGGAAAGUUGAAAAGACGUUUGAAGCAGGCGGCAGUUGGUGGCUUGCGGCGCUGGUCAGGGGCAGGGUGGGUAGCUGGCGGCAUCUAG